UGGCAACUCUGUCCGCACUGUUACAGUGCGACUGUCAAAAACGAUAAAAAAAAGUUGUCUGCUCGGCAUUAAAAAUUUCAGCAGCGCUGCUAAAUAUUUUCCAGCAUAUCGAAAAUAUGAUACGUGCACCGCUCGUGAAGGCGCUGGGCGCCCUCGGCUCUCCCACACACCAAAUCGCUAGCCGAGCCGUGCGCACCAGCGCCGUAUUGGCUCAGACACCGGCCAAGGCGCCCGAGAAAAUCGAAGUCUUCGUCGAUGAUAUACCCGUAAUGGUGCUGCCAGGCACCACAGUACUCCAGGCUGCUGCUGAGGUUGGCGUGGAGAUUCCACGCUUCUGCUACCACGAACGCCUGGCCGUUGCUGGCAAUUGUCGCAUGUGCCUCGUUGAGGUGGAGAAGAGCCCCAAGCCGGUGGCCGCCUGCGCGAUGCCCGUGAUGAAGGGCUGGCGCAUCAAAACCAACUCCGACUUGACCCGCAAAGCGCGCGAGGGCGUCAUGGAAUUCUUGCUAAUGAAUCAUCCGCUCGAUUGCCCCAUCUGUGAUCAGGGCGGCGAGUGCGAUCUGCAGGACCAGGCCAUGGCCUUUGGCUCCGAUCGCUCACGUUUUACGGACAUCAACUACACGGGCAAGCGUGCCGUGGAGGACAAAGACAUUGGACCUCUGGUCAAGACAGUGAUGACUCGCUGCAUCCAUUGCACACGCUGCGUGCGCUUCGCCUCGGAAAUCGCUGGCGUCGAUGAUCUGGGCACGACUGGACGCGGCAAUGACAUGCAGAUCGGCACCUACGUGGAGAAGCUCUUCCUCACCGAGCUCUCGGGCAACGUGAUUGAUCUGUGCCCCGUCGGCGCGCUUACCAACAAGCCGUACAGCUUCGUGGCCCGUCCCUGGGAGAUCCGCAAGGUGGACAGCAUCGAUGUGCUGGACGCCGUUGGCAGCAACAUCGUUGUGAGCACCCGCACCAACGAGGUGCUGCGCAUCCUGCCGCGCGAGAACGAGGACGUCAACGAGGAGUGGCUGGCGGACAAGUCGCGCUUCGCUUGCGAUGGCCUCAAGCGCCAGCGCCUUGUGGCUCCCAUGGUGCGCAUGCCCAACGGCGAGCUGCAGGCCGUCGAGUGGGAGGGCGCCCUGAUCGCUGUGGCCAAGGCCUUGCAGAAGGCUAAGGGACAGGUUGCUGGCAUCGCCGGCCAGCUGGCCGAUGUGGAGGCGAUGGUGGCGCUCAAGGAUCUGGUCAAUCGGCUGGACGGCGAGCUACUGGUCACCGAGCAGGACUUCAUCAAAGGCAGCGGCAUCGAGGUGCGCUCGAGCUACUUGCUCAACAGCACCAUUGCAGGUCUGGAGCAGGCCGAUGCUGUGCUUCUGGUCGGCACCAAUCCACGCUACGAGGCGCCUCUGGUCAACACGCGUCUGCGCAAGGCCUACGUGCACAACGAGCUGCAGAUUGCCUCGAUUGGACCCAAAAUUGAUUUGUCCUACCAGCAUAACAAUCUGGGAGCCGAUCCCAACUUGGUGAAGGACGUUUGCAAUGGCUCGCACGCAUUCUCCAAGGUGCUGGAGGGCGCCAAAAAGCCAGCCAUCAUCAUUGGCGUCGACGUGCUGGAGCGUCCCGAUGGUGCUGCCAUCCAUGCCACCAUCUCCGAGUAUUGUAAGAAGCUGAAGAAGCCAGACUGGAACCCCUUCAAUGUGUUGCAUAACAGCGCCUCCCAGGUGGGCGCCUUCGAUGUGGGCUACCAGCCAGGCAUCCAGGCCGUGUUGCAGGCUCAGCCCAAGGUGCUCUUCCUGCUGAACGCCGAUGCCGGCAAGGUGACUCGUGACCAGCUGCCCAAGGACUGUUUCGUUGUGUAUAUUGGUUCGCAUGGCGACAACGGGGCGUCCAUUGCCGACGCCGUCCUGCCCGGAGCUGCGUACACUGAGAAGCAAGCGAUCUACGUGAACACUGAGGGCAGGCCGCAGCAGACGCUGCCGGGCGUCUCGCCGCCAGGCAUGGCUCGCGAGGAUUGGAAGAUAUUGCGCGCACUCUCCGAGGUGGUUGGCAAACCGUUGGCCUACGACAAUCUCGACGAGCUGCGUGCCCGCCUCGAAAGCUUGGCCCCACACCUAACGCGCCUCGGCGAGCUGCAGCCGGCUAGCGGUGGCGAGUCCGUCGCCAAGCCCAGCAUAUCCAUCAGCAGCACGCCCAUCGAUGUGAAGCAAAAGGAACUGCGCGACUAUUUCAUGACCGAUGCCAUCUCGCGCGCCUCCCCAACCAUGGCCAAGUGCAUAUCGGCGGUCAACAAGCAGCAGCGGCAGGACGAGGCCAGGCGCUGCGCGGCCGUCUAAGCAGCGGCCGUGUCCCAACUACGAUCUGAUCUGAUGGCCUAUAACACACAUAUAUUAAAUAAUUAAUGUUGUUUCCAUUA